CCCGGAAGUGUUACAGGAAGUUGCGCAUGUCUACGAGCCAGGUAUAAUGGCGCCUCUAGAUUUGGAUAAAUAUGCGGAGAUUGCCAAACAGUGUAAAUACCUCCCAGAAAAUGACCUCAAGAGGUUAUGUGACUACGUGUGUGACCUCCUGCUGGAGGAGUCCAACGUUCAGCCUGUCUCUACUCCUGUAACAGUAUGUGGGGACAUACAUGGACAGUUUUAUGAUCUCUGUGAACUCUUCCGAACCGGUGGCCAGGUUCCAGACACAAAUUACAUAUUUAUGGGUGACUUUGUUGACCGGGGUUACUACAGUCUGGAGACUUUCACCUACCUGCUGGUGCUGAAAGCCAAAUGGCCCGACCGCAUCACGCUUCUACGUGGAAACCACGAGAGCAGACAGAUCACCCAAGUUUAUGGCUUUUAUGAUGAAUGCCAGACCAAAUAUGGGAAUGCUAAUGCUUGGCGUUACUGCACCAAAGUGUUUGAUAUGUUAACAGUUGCAGCGCUGAUGGACGAGCAGAUCCUGUGUGUCCAUGGAGGCCUCUCCCCAGACAUUAAAACCUUGGAUCAAAUUCGAACCAUUGAGAGGAACCAGGAGAUCCCCCACAAAGGAGCAUUUUGUGAUCUGGUGUGGUCAGACCCUGAAGACGUGGACACCUGGGCCAUCAGUCCCAGAGGAGCUGGCUGGCUCUUUGGUGCAAAGGUCACAAAUGAGUUUGUUCACAUCAACAACCUGAAGCUGAUCUGCCGAGCACAUCAACUUGUCCAUGAAGGCUACAAGUUCAUGUUUGACGAGAAGCUGGUCACAGUGUGGUCAGCUCCUAACUACUGCUAUCGCUGCGGCAACAUCGCCUCCAUUAUGGUCUUCAAAGAUGCGAACACAAGAGAGCCAAAGCUCUUCAGAGCUGUGCCUGACUCUGAGAGAGUCAUUCCACCCCGAACAACAACACCUUAUUUCCUGUAAGCACAUUAAAACGAAAACAACACUGCCAUUUGUUCAGGGCUCAGAUACUGACAGGGACAGUGGCAUCAGCAUUUGUGAACCCAUUUAAAUUCUGUACAGUGCAUUUAGAGUAUUUACAGUGCAUUUCUUGGUGCCAACUGUCAAUUGUUAUUCCCACUCUGCGCAUAUAAUGCCAUUAUUCUGCAGCUUAAAUCACACUGAGAUAUUACAGUGAGGUAAGUUGGCUCAGUAGCAUCGCUGUGCUGUUCAAAUGUUUGAGAGGAAGAAUUGACGUGACACAAAAGUCAACUGACACUUGUAAAAUGUUUAUAUUUAUAAAAUCUCAAAUUUACUUUGCAUUGCAAUAAAAAUUUACUCUGCUGAGAAAAUAGCAGGUGCAGUGUUAUAUACAAGGUUUCAUUUUAUUUUGUUAUAGUAAUGUAUUAAAGCUGGGUGUAAGAUAAUGAAGCACUGCACAAAAGCAAAAAUUGCAUCUAUUCUGACAAAUUUCAGUGGUGUUAUCACUGUUGUGUGUGAUCAUACAACGAAACAUGUAAACCUGAGAGUUGAUGUGUAAAAAUGAACUAUACCUGUUUGUUAGAAGAUUCAGGAUUGUCUAAACCUGUGGUACCUUAAGUUCUCUGUCAUUUCCAGAUUUUGAAUCAGCGCUUGUAAUUAUUCUUUGUGUGUGUGUGUGUGUGUGUGUGUGUGUGUGUGUGUGUCACCAUACUGUUUUUAAAUAAAGAAAUCCAAAAAUUGUAAAAAUGAUUAACAUUUUAUGGUUCUGCAAUCAGAUCGUGUGGCUUGUCCUAUGUUCUGAGGGUUUUAUCUAAAUUCU